AUGACCAUUUUGAACUCUGGAGGUGCAAGAACCGAAUUCUCUGCAUUAAUCUUCAAUAUGAACGUUACCAAACAUUCACGUUAUAAAGAUUUUGUAUGGGCAAUCGAACUAAAUCGACUCGGUUUGGAAUUAGUCGGUUUAUGGCCCAAAACCAACGGAGCAGUUAAGAAUACCUUCGUUUCGGAUCUUCGUGUGGGCAUAAUUUUCUUUAUAGUAACUUUCUUAUCCAUUAUUCCUCUCUUAUGCUCCCUUGUGCGAGUUUGGGGUGACAUGAUACUUAUAGUAGACAACCUCCAAGUUGUUUUACCUUUACUAAUCGUUUCACUGAAACUUAUCGUCAUACGAUGGAAACGUACAGCUAUUACACUGCUCGUAAAGAUGAUGGCAGAAGAUUGGAUGGAAUUAAAGAUAGACGCAGAAAGAAACGUGAUGAUUAAACGAGCACAAACUGCUCGACUGAUUGUAAUUUGUGGAUUUUUUUUGAUGAUAUUUAUAUUCAUCGUGCUAAUUAUUCUUCCUGCUUUCGGACUACACUUCAGAUAUAUAACAAAUCUUACGGAUCAGGAAAGAUUAUUACCCUUUCAGGCAUAUUACUUUUACGAUACAGAUAAGAGUCCGCAAUUUGAGAUCGCGCUUGUGAUUCAAGCUGCAACGAUGUUUCUAGGUGGAACAACUUAUACCUCAGUAGAUGUUUUUCUUGGACUUUUGAUCCUUCAUAUCUGUGGCCAAUUGGAGAACUUCAAAUACCGAUUGACCGAUUUGACAUCGUGCAAGGAUUUUGAUAGCGCUCUGCGUAACAAUGUACAAACUCAUCUGCGGAUAAUAAGGUUUCUCUAUGAUUUUACAUGGGCGAUUAAAUUAAAUCGCUUGGGUUUAGAACUGCUUGGAUUAUGGCCGAAGAGCGAUGAAAAAUCUAAGAAUAACUUCUCUUCUGAUCUCCGUGUGAUUAUUAUUUUCGUUAUAGUGACAUUUGUUUCUGGUAUACCUCUUGUCUGCUCCCUUACACGAGUUUGGGGAGACAUGAUACUUAUGAUAGAUAAUCUCCAAAUUACUUUACCUUUAUUGGUAGUCUCGUUAAAACUUGUUGUUCUACGGUGGAAAAAAACAGCACUUAUGUCCAUCAUAAAAAUGAUGGCUGAAGACUGGAUGGAAUUGAAGACAAGAAAGGAAAAGGAUGUAAUGAUGAGUCGAGCACAGAUUGCUAGAACGAUUAUCAUCAGCGGAUAUAUUUUAAUGGUAUUGGCGUUCAUUGUGGUUAUUAUUCUUCCUUAUUUUGGUUUACCGUUGAGGCAUUUGACAAAUCUUACGGACCCGGACAAGCCGCUGCCGCUGCAGACUUACUAUUUUUAUGAUAUAGAUAAGAGUCCACAAUUUGAACUAACAUACAUCAUUCAAGCUAUUACAAUUUUCUUGGCCGCCGUAACUUAUACUUCGGUAGAUGCUUUUCUCGGACUCACUAUUCUUCACUUGAGUGGUCAACUAGAAAACUUUAAAGGCCGUGUAACUAAUUUAAUUUCAUGCCAGAAUUUUAUCUAUAAUCUGAGUCACAACAUAACAAAUCAUAUGCGGCUUAUCAGAUUUGCCGGCAUUAUUGAAAAUAUCUUUACCUUUAUGACGUUAGGCUUAUUAUUUUAUUUUUGCAUUUCAUUUUGUCUUCAUGGAUUCUUAUUACUUGCUGUGAUUACUGAAGGAAGUCAUUUUUCUGCUGCACGAUUAUGUUUUCCAUUAAUGGGUAUCACCAUCUUGUUUUCGCAUGCUUUCGUUUAUUGUGGUGCCGGAGAGAUUGUAACAAUGCAAAGGCCUCCUAAACUCGUCCACCGAUCGAGCAUACCCUUGUAUUUAUACCAUGGGACUGAUCACUAUCUUAAGUUGCUAGGCGAGAAGUUGUUUACCAAUCAACCUUGGCAGCACAUGAGCAGUGCAAGAAAAUAUCUCCUCGCGCUAGGUGGUCACGUAUCGCACUGCACGCUUGCAUUUGAUGGUAGGCUGGACGGAUACGCACAUUUAUUCUGUGAUCUUUAA